ACACUAAACGGCCCUGCGCAAGAUAGCAGCUUCAGGAGUUAGUAGUUAGGAAUAUCUCCCUCCACUGCCGCUUCCACCACCUUUGGCGCGUGGGCGCGUUCAUCACAAGUGCCACUCUACACUCUCUCUGCACACGCGCAUCGGCAGUGUGAGAAGCCAUUUCUUCAACCUAUAAAUUGCCUCGCCACUCUCAUCGUUCUUUCCUUACUCGCUCUUUCUCUCUCUGGAGCGAUCGUUUCUUGUCGGUCCGUGCCCUACCUUUUACGUUUCGGAAGGCCGAGGAGGCUAUAAUACCCGGAUUUCUUCGAAAUGUUUUCAUGGCUUGAAUCAAUUUAGAAGAAGUUUCAUGGUUCUUGUGGGUGGGUGGGUGGUGCUUCGGGUUGAUCCAUUUGGCAAUUCUGUUCCCUGAAGAUUUUUGGCUCUGCUGAGAACUGAGGUCCAUUUGGCAAUUGGGAACCUUAGUGGGGGAAAAAGUGCCGGUGGUCUGAAAUGGCAAGGAAUCCAAGAGUUUUGGCAGCCUAUCGUGCAAUGAGGGCCCUGGGCAUUGCUGAGGCAACUGUGAAACCAGUCCUGAAGAAUCUAUUAAGAUUAUAUGAGAAAAACUGGGAACUAAUUGAAGAAGAGAAUUAUAGAGCCCUUGCUGAUGCUAUAUUUGAGUAUGAGGAAACUAAGGUGGAUGAACAGAAGAAGCAAUCUGAGAUAGCUGAUCAAGAUAACAUUUUGGGGGGAGAGACUCAGUUGCAUGAUGAGCCUGCUCGUCCCUUAAAAAGGUUGCGCUUAAGAAACCAAGAAAGUCAGGUUUCACCUUCUCUCGCAAAUUCCAGCCAGACACUAGGUGGAGCUGUAAUGAAAAGGCCUAAAUUGGAGGAUGCUGAACAACCUCAAACUCUUGCUGAAAGGCAACCACAGGGUAUAGCAGAGACACCUGAGCCCAGUGUUGGAAACAUAAGACCUGAACUGCAUCCUGUUUCAUCACCACAGGCACAUCUUGUAAACAAAGGAAAGCAACCUGCUUUGCCCCAACCCUUGGCAGUGCAGGGAAGAUCUGAUUUAUCUCCAACAUCUGCUACAAAGAGGGCUGAAUCUGAUCUUCUUCAUACUCAGCAACGCCUCAGAGACAAGGGAAAAGAGCCCCUGUCACCCCAAAUUGCUGCAAAGGAGAAAAGAUCAAUUCCUGUCAGAUCAUUCCACCUGAAUGCUGAGCCUGGCAUUAUUCUUUCGCCAAAACAGAAGGUGCAUGAUACUCCUGCCUUAAUGAAGCCUAAAGAUGAGCCAUUUACUGAUGACAUACUGCAGCUUGAGGUUCCUAUUGCUGUGAUCCAUCCAGAUCCAUUACAUAAAGGAAAUUUACCUGAAAAUUAUUCUACCGGAAAACUAGAUGGCCCACAACCCCCUGUAAACAGUCGUGUAGAUGGAGAAGAUGAAGUUAAUGGUGGUCCAGCUUCGUCAAGCGGAGCAGGGACCAAUUGUGAGCUUGCAAACAUCUCAAAUCUAGAGAUUGCUUCCUCUCCCUUGGGAGAGGUGAAGAUUUCGCUGAGUUGCAACUCUGCUCUUGGAAAACCUGAUUUCCGUAUGCCAAGUCUUGAUACACUUUUAAAGUUGGUAGAAGAUAAAUGUCUAAGAUCGUAUAAAAUUAUUGAUCCAAAUUUUUCUGUGACGAAACUGAUGAGAGAUAUGUGCGACUGCUUUUUGGAACUAGGAACUCACACUGAAGAAUCACAUGAAGGAUCAAUAAAUACGACACCAACUGGUGAUUUGUUGGGAAAAUCUACUGCACCAGAUGCUGUAGGUUCCUGUGGGGAUGAGGAAAAUUUUAGCAUGUCAUCUUGUAUAACGAAUGGAUCAUUCAAGAUUCAAUGCUCAACUGAGGUGGCUGUGCCUCAGAUUCCAAGAUUACUUUCAUCAUCUUUGAAUGGCCUGGGUGAUCACAUACAGCUCGAUAGCAAAAUUACUGAGAACAGUUGUAGAGAAAAUGGCCAGGAAAAGGAAACAAAUGGUCCCAAUAAUGCAAAUUCACUUAGUCUGGUGGUGGUUCAACAGCGUCAAUUAACUCCUGAUGAUAUAAGGUUUAUCCAUGAUGUUGAUGACAUAACAAAAGGAGAAGAAAAGGUCAGAAUUCCAUUGGUUAAUGAAACCAACAGUGAGUUCCCAACACCCUUUCACUACAUAUCCCAAAACCUAGUUUUUCAAAAUGCCUACAUGAAUUUGUCUCUUGCUCGGAUUGGGAUUGAAAAUUGUUGUUCAACUUGUUUUGGUGAUUGUCUAUCUUCUUCAACACCUUGUGCCUGUGCAUGUGAAAGUGGGGGUGAUUUUGCAUAUACAUUAGAAGGACUAGUUAAGGAAGACUUUUUAGAAGAGUGCAUUUCAAGGAAUCGUGACCCUCAACAGCACCAGCUUGCUUUUUGUCAAGAAUGCCCUCUUGAAAGAUCCAAGGCUGAAGAUAUUUUAGAACCAUGCAAGGGUCACAUUGUGAGGAAAUUCAUCAAAGAGUGUUGGAGCAAAUGUGGCUGCUCCAAACAGUGCAGAAAUCGUCUGGUGCAGAGAGGCAUAACUUGCAAUUUUCAGGUGUUUUUGACUCCUGAUGGAAAAGGGUGGGGUCUUCGGACCCUAGAGGAUUUACCAAAAGGUUCUUUUGUGUGUGAGUAUGUUGGGGAAAUAUUGACUACAGUGGAGCUGUAUGAACGAAACAUGCAAAGUACCAGCAGAGGCAAACAAACAUACCCAGUGCUCUUAGAUGCUGAUUGGGCUUUGAGAGGAAUCUUGAAGGAUGAAGAAGCUCUCUGUCUAGAUGCAACAUUUUAUGGAAAUGUUGCAAGGUUUAUCAAUCACAGGUGUUUAGAUGCAAACUUAGUUGAGAUACCAGUUGAAGUGGAAUCCCCAGAUCAUCACUACUAUCAUCUUGCACUUUUCACAACAAGAAAAGUAAAUGCUUUGGAAGAGCUGACUUGGGAUUAUGGCAUUGACUUUGAUGACCAGGAUCAUCCAGUUAAGACAUUCAGAUGCUGUUGUGGUAGCAAGUUCUGCCGUAAUAUGAAGCGCACAAGGUCUAGGUCUGCAUUAAGUUUGGGAUGAAUGGAAGUAAUGCUAUUUUGACAUUAGAAUCCUUUUUGCCGCAGUGAAGAGAAAUACCUAUGAAACCAAUUUUGCUGGACUGUAUUUUCUGGUACAGGCUAUCAUCCUUCUUAAUUGACUGGGCUUUCAGAAAUCCUUUUAUAAGUAUUGCAGGUUGUUGCUGUACAGGAUCUUGUGUAUGGACCAUACAUGGCCCAAGCUGUUUAGCAGUAAUUUAACGGCUCUUGCCAGCCACGCACACAAUGGGCUGUUGCGAUCAAUUCUCAGGUUCCUUGUACUCGAAACUAAGAAAAUGAUCUUUUCCGCAUCAGCUGAACUUUUUUCUAAAAGAUAUAAAUGUUUUAACCUUUCUCACC